AUGAUGCCGAGAUACUCCACAGAAGGUGCAAUUGGAAUGAAGGUGUUAUCUGAUCCUCCGAAUGCAGACCUAGACAUCAUCUUCGUCCACGGAUUGACCGGCAACCGUGAGAAAACCUGGACCCACGAAAAUGGAACCUUAUGGCCCCAAGAUCUCCUUGCCAAAGACUUACCCAAAGCCCGCAUCAUGACCUUCGGCUACGACAUCGACAUAUUCAACUUCACCUCAAUGAACUUCUCAGACCGACUCUACGACCACAGCCAAUCCCUAGCCUACGCAAUCGUCAGCCACCGAGUCGACUGCUCAACCAGACCAAUCCUAUUCAUCGCACACAGUCUAGGCGGCUUGGUAUGUCAACAAUCCUUGAUCCUCAGCAACGCCAUUGACGGUCUAUGGGCGAUAUCCUCAAGCGCCAUCGGCAUAAUCUUCAUGGGUACACCGCAUUACGGGUCUUCGCUCGCUUCGUACAGAGAGAAACUCGCAAAAGGAAUGAAAAUAGUCCACGCCGCGAAUAGGGAUAUGGUUGGGGCUUUGUAUUCGGAUUCGGAUAAUGUGCAGCGAGUCGGGAAUGAGUUCCAGGCUAUGUUGGCACGUGGAGACAUCUCGCUUAAGGUCUGCUGUUUCUAUGAAGGGAGGAAGAUGAAUGAUGUAGUCGGGAAGAUUGUUGAGGAGCACUCGGCUAUUUUGCGGGACUAUGAGAGUCGUGUCAUUGAUGCUGAUCAUUGCAAUAUGACGAGGUUUAGUGGUUAUGUGGAUGGAGGUUAUGGGCUUGUGAGGGAGGUUAUCACUGGGUGGCUUCAUGAGUCUGGUGAUGCAGAUAAAACUGAUAUUCCUACUGUUUCUGGGAAUCCUGCUUGGUUGGGAUCUUGGAGUCCUGGGAAUUUUUGCUUCAAUGGGAGAUAUCACACGCGUGGAGAUCAGAACUUUAGCUUUGACUGA